GGAGCAUCGUUGUAACCUGGAAGUGUAUUGAACACAGGCUUUCAUUUGCAUCACGCUUCCAACAUGGCGGUGAAUCUCACAGAGCUGUCUCUGCCCCAGUUAGAGGGACUGAAAACUCAGCUUGAUCAAGAAAUUGAGUUCUUGACGUCUUCAAUAGGGCAGCUCAAAGUUGUCCAGACCAAGUAUGUUGAAGCAAAAGAUAGUUUGAACGUUUUGAACAAAAAUAAUGAAGGAAAGGAAUUGCUUGUGCCUCUCACCAGCUCUAUGUAUGUCCCCGGAACAUUAAAUGAUGUGGAACAUGUUUUAGUGGAUGUGGGCACAGGAUACUACGUUGAAAAGAAUGUCGAAGACUCAAAGGCAUUCUUCAAACGCAAAAUAGACUUCCUCACAAAGCAGAUAGAGAAAAUUCAGCCAGCCCUACAGGAAAAACAUGCUAUGAAACAAGCUGUAAUUGAAGUAAUGAACAUCAAGAUCCAGCAGCUACAGCAGAGCCAGCAAGCAUCACAGACGGCAGGGACCACCAAGGCUUAAAGACACCACCUGUUUCAGCUCUUCAUGACAUGAGGACUUUGACGAAUUCAUGUGCAAAUCACAUACAUCUGCUGUUUGUAGGACAAAGUUACCAGUAAUAUGGAGUAAUGUUAAAUACACAGGAAUAAAGGAAAUGACUUUA